AAGGGAUAAAAAGUUGAAAAACCGACCAACACUCAGCACAGAAUACAAAAAGCGCCUGAAGCUUUAUGGCCGGCGACUCCCUCCAUCACCAUCAUCAAAUCUCCGAUCAUACCCCUCUGUUUUCCUCCAACUCCUGCCCAACCCUUCCCCUCCGAUCACUUCCGCUGCUUCCUUUUCCGUCGUUAAGGUUGGUUAAACUUUAGAAACCAUGAGUGAUACGAUUGAUUUAACUGGAGAUGGAGGUGUCUUGAAGACCAUUGUUCGGCAUGCCAAACCUGAUGCAAUUGCUCCAUCGGAGAGUCUUCCACUUGUAGAUGUUCAUUACGAAGGUAUUCUUGCUGAUACUGGUGAAGUUUUUGACACUACCCGGGAAGAUAAUACUGUUUUCACAUUUGAAGUGGGCAAGGGCUCUGUGAUUAAGGCUUGGGAUGUUGUGUUGAGAACUAUGAAGGUUGGGGAGGUUGCAAAGAUUACAUGCAUGCCAGAGUAUGCAUACGGAAGUGCUGGUUCUCCCCCAGAAGUACCCCCUGAUGCGAUACUCAUCUUUGAGGUGGAGUUGGUGACGUGCAGGCCUAGGAGGGGUGCAAGUCUGAGUAGUGUUUCGGAUGAAAGGGCUAGACUGGAGGAGCUCAAGAAACAAAGGGAGGUUGCCGCUGCAACCAAGGAGGAAGAGAAGAAGAGGAGAGAGGAAGCUAAGGCAGCUGCUGCUGCUCGCAUACAAGCCAAGCUUGAAGCCAAAAAGGGUCAAGGCAAGGGAAAGGGUAAAGGAAAAUAGAAUUGUCUUUUUACAAUUAAGUUGCAAGGAAUUAAUCAGAGAUAUUUCCCUAGAUUGAACUUUAAAAUAUCUGAAGACGAUCUACUGUGGUGAUUUAUAAAACUGUAACCUGUGAUUUAUGAUGGGUUAGCUUCUGAAAUUUCUUGGCUGUUUUGUCGUGA